AUUUAGUUUUUUUACUUAAACACGGCGCUUGGAAAAUAAAUGGUUAUGGAUUCCGCUUGCGAGCAAACGCGCGUGUUUCCGUGAGGUGUUUCGCGACGAUGUCGUCGCUGGCAGCCGUUUAAAAGCGCUCGGGAGAGUGGGUGGAAUGCGGUUCUUCUUUCUCACAACAAGAGGAAACAUCACGAAUUAUUAACCGGAGGCUUUGCACGACGACGAUUCUGAGAUUAUUUCCUCCGAAGAUGAACACGAAAGACGUGUAGCUGUAGAGUCAAAACUUGACUUUUUGACUUUUCUCCCACAGUGAAGCGAUCAUGGCGACGUCUGCCGGAGACAGCAGCGUUCUCGAGGAGGAGCUGACGUGUCCGGUGUGUCUGGAUCUUUACCGUGACCCGCACCUGCUGCCCUGCGGCCAUAACUUCUGCCUGCCAUGUCUGCGCCGACUGAAGAGCCGAGCGGACCACGGCCGCCUGCGGUGCCCCGAGUGCAGACAGACGCACCGCAGCUCCGCCAGCUGGCAGAAGAACUUCAAACUGGCCAACAUCGCCGACGGUUUCCGCCGCCGCGGCCAAGCCGAGCGCUCGGCACAGAGCGAGGCGUCUCGCAGGCCCGCCCGGGUCCGCUGCGACUACUGCCCCGAGGCCCCCGGCGAGGACGGGAAGGGUCCGGAGGCGGUGAAGACCUGCCUGAAGUGCGAGGUGUCCAUGUGUCCGAAGCACGUCCAGCCUCACCUGGAGCUGCCGGCGUUCAGAGAGCAUCCGCUGGUGGAGCCGCUCGGAGACAUGAGGAAGAGGAAGUGUUUGGAUCACGACGAGAUGUUUCGCUACUUCUGCCUGGACGAGCGCCUGUUCCUCUGUAACGCCUGCACCAUCGAAGGAACGCACUGCGGACACUCCAUCAAAACACUGAAGAACGCCAUGAAGGAUUACAAGACCUGUCUUGACGUUCAGCUACAGAAGACGAACAGAAAGAUCCUUAAAGCAGAAAAAAAUCGAGUGGACCAGAAGGAGAUUGAGCGGCACAGCAAGGCGUACCGGGACGACACCGACCAACACCUGGAGGCUUUCCGGGAGACGUCUAUCGCACAUCUCGAUGCCUUCCUGUCCUCGUUGCGUGAAAGCCUCAGCGCUUACGACGGCGAGCAGUGUUUGGGAAUCCAGCAGAACCUGAGUCGCAUCGCACAAGAUCAAACCCGUCUCCAGGAGGUUCGCUCGGGCUUCGAGAGGCUCCUGCAGGAGAGCGACGCUUUCCAGUUCAUCAAGGAUUACAAUUCAUCUAUAAAAAGGUUCCGGCGACUGCUGAGAAAGCCUCUGUUUUUCCCCGACGAGCCCACAGUCGACACAGAGCCGUUGUACGAAACCAUGGAAGGAAAGAUGGGAGAGUUCAUCGCUGAACUGCGGCAACACGCCAACACUCUCAUCAGCACCAUCUGUGAAUUCGAGGGAGGAGAUGCUGAGGAGGAGGUGGAUGACGACGACAAUGAGGAAGAGGACGACGACGACGAUGAAGAAAGCUUUGAUGAAGAUGACCAUGAGGACGAGGUGGGUGAGGAGGAGAUGAGGAGCGAGGAAGAGGAGGAGCAGAACCUCACCGACUCGGGAGAUGAAGAGUAUACGCCGGAGGAGGAGGAUGAGGAGGACUAGCAGAAGAGACGGGUUCAUGACGCAGCGCUUGUUUUGCCAUUAUUUAAACCGAUAAUGAGUUGUUGUUUUUUUUCUAUGCCAUGAAAUAUAGACAGUGCUGAACCUGACAAGUUGUGGGUGAAAAGUAUUAACAUCUCAGGAAAUAAUAUAUUUAUAUCAGUAUUUAUUAGUUUAAGGGUAAAAAAUUCCAGUCAGUUGUGUUUAAAAGUUCAGGCUACAUGAAGACUGUUUGGGAUCGGCUCCGUAUGCACUUUCUUUCCAGGUUGGUUCUGGUAUAUUUUGCUUUUUCUAUAAAGAUGGUGGGACAAAAAAAGUAUAGCUUUUUGUAAUUGUGUUAACAAAAUGUUUAAUAAAGUAUAGAUUUGUACAUUCAAA